GCGAAGACUCUCUCCGCCCAGCUCGCGGAAAAACAGAGCGGAGCGCCCGCGCGCUACAGGAGAACAUGUAGAGAGAGAGAGAGAGAGACAGACAGAGAGAGAGAGUGAGAGUGAGAGUGGAAAGGAGAAGAAGAGGAGCGCGCAGCUGCACGAGGCACGAAGAGGAGUAAAACAAGGCUGAUGCGUUUCUGAUCCGGAUAGAAGGAGAUUAAAGGUGUGGUAUGUCAGUAUGGAGGGUCAGCACAGCCAGCAGGAUCAGAAUAAAAAUGACACGCUACCAGAACACGACAACCAGAGUUACUGCAGCGCACUGUCCAACUUCCGCAUCGAGAAGAAGAUCGGCCGCGGGCAGUUCAGUGAGGUGUACAGAGCCACGUAUCUGCUGGAGAACAAGCAGGUGGCUCUGAAGAAAGUACAGAUUUUUGAGAUGAUGGACGCUAAAUCUCGUCAGGACUGCAUUAAAGAGAUCGACUUGCUGAAGCAGCUGAAUCAUCCCAACGUGAUAAAGUAUCUGGACUCCUUCAUUGAGGAUAACGAGCUGAACAUCGUGUUGGAGUUGGCCGACGCUGGAGAUCUGUCACACAUGAUAAAGUACUUUAAGAAGAAGCGGAGGCUGAUUCCUGAGAGGACGAUAUGGAAGUACUUUGUUCAGCUGUGCAGUGCAGUGGAGCACAUGCACUCCCGCAGAGUCAUGCACCGAGAUAUAAAACCAGCUAACGUGUUCAUCACAGCGACUGGAGUGGUCAAACUGGGAGAUCUGGGUUUGGGACGCUUCUUCAGCUCCAAAACUACAGUCGUUCAUUCACUGGUGGGAACCCCGUACUACAUGUCUCCUGAGAGAAUCCACGAGAACGGCUACAACUUCAAGUCAGACAUCUGGUCUCUGGGCUGUCUGUUGUACGAGAUGGCGGCGCUGCAGAGCCCAUUCUACAGCGAUCAGAUGAACCUGCUGAUGCUCUGCCAGAAGAUUGAGCAGUGUGAUUAUCCUCCUCUACCUCCAGACCACUUUUCAGAGAAGUUGAGGAAUUUGGUCAGCAUGUGCAUCAACCCGGAUCCAGACGAGCGGCCGGACAUCGUGUUAGUCCUGCAGUUCUCCAAACAGAUGCAGCUGUGGACGGCCAGCACCUGAAACGGCCCUCUGGAGACACACCUGCACACACCUGCCAAGCGCUGCUGAGGCAGAAGAAGGACUGUGUGUGAACUGUGGACUCAUUCAGACUCUGUGCCUGAAGAACUCUGCUGUAUUACUGCACUGAUCAAACACAACUAUAACAAACUCACACAGACGCUGUUCUCCAAAACGCCUUAAAACGCUUCAUCAAAAACUCCUGCACUGUCAAAUAUCAGUUCCUUUACUGUUCUUUUUCUGCUCAACGUGGGAUCAAUAUUCACCAUUUGAACUUUCGCUUUAACUGGACGGAUCCCUGACCGUCUUACCGUCCGAUGAACUGUAACUAGACUCGAUGAGUUUGGAGAAAGUGGACUGAACAGCUUAAUAUGUAACCCCCCCUUAAUUGUGCUCAUGUUCAAGUACUAACAGUUCAAAUACAUAUUCUGGAAACCUUGUGAA